AUGGGGGGCAGCAUUGUGGUGGGAGUGCUGUCGCCGGAGCAUGACCACGUGCUCAAGACAUUUCGGCUGCUGAUUGCAGACCUGUGCGAGCAGUUUCGCGGAGGGCAUCCCGGAGGUGCAAUCGGCAUGGCGGCUAUAGGCGUCGCGCUCUGGAAGUACGUGAUGCGGUAUGCGCCGCACUCGCCCGACUGGUUCAAUCGCGAUCGCUUUGUGCUGUCGAAUGGCCACACAUGCCUCUUCCAGUACACGUUCCUGCACCUCAGCGGCUACCGCGCCAUGACGCUCUCGCAGCUGCAGUCGUACCACUCGGCGCGCACCGACUCCCUCUGCCCCGGCCACCCCGAGAUGGAGCACGAGGGCAUCGAAGUGACGACGGGGCCGCUGGGCCAAGGCGUCGCGAACGCCGUGGGCCUCGCCAUGGCCGCCACCAACCUCGCCGCCACGUAUAACCGGCCGGGCUUCGACGUCGUCGAUAACCACACGUGGUGCAUGGUCGGCGACGCGUGUCUGCAGGAGGGCAUCGCGCUGGAGGCCAUCUCCCUGGCGGGCCAUCUGCGGCUCAGCAACCUCACUAUCGUCUACGACAACAACCAGAUUACUUGUGAUGGGUCUGUCGACCUGACGAACAGCGAGGACGUGAAGGCCAAGAUGGGUGCCUGCGGCUGGGACGUCCUAGACGUGGAAGACGGGUGCUUUGACGUCGAGGGCCUCGUCGCCGCCCUCUCCAGCGCGCGCGAAGCAAAAGCAGGCAAGCCGACCUUCAUCAACGUGCGCACCGUCAUCGGCGUGGGCAGCGCCGUCGCCGGCACCGCCACAGCGCACGGCGUCGCGCUGGGCAAAGACGACGUGGCGGCCAUGAAGCGCGCAUACGGCUUCGACCCCGCCCAGCACUUCGCCAUCUCCGACGCCGUGCGCGCCUUCUUCGCCGAGUGCCCCCCGCGCGGCGAGCGCUGGGUGCGCGACUGGCAGGGCCUGCUCGACCGCUACAGCGCGGCGCAUCCCGAGCUGGCGGCUGAGUUCCGUCUCCGUCGCCUCGGCCAGCUGCCCCCGGGCUGGGAAGACCUGCUCCCGACCGCCGUGCCCGCCAAGCCGACGCCCACGCGCGCCUCCUCCGGCGCCGUCCUCGCGCCCCUGGCUGCGCAAAUCCCGGCCUUCAUGGUCGGCACCGCAGACCUCAGCCCCAGCGUGCACAUGGCAUAUCCAGCCAAAGUCGACUUCCAGCCCCCGUCUCUCGUCCCCACGUCCGGCCCCCCCGGCGUCUACACCGGCCGCUACAUCCACUACGGCGUGCGCGAGCACGCCAUGUGCGCCAUCGCCAACGGGCUGGCCGCCUUUAGCCCCGGCACCUUCAUCCCCGUCACGUCGUCCUUCUUCAUCUUCUACCUGUACGCGGCCCCCGCGGUGCGCAUGGGCGCGCUGAUGCGCCUGCGCGUCGUCCACGCCGCGACGCACGACAGCAUCGGCAUGGGCGAGGACGGGCCGACGCACCAGCCCGUCGAGCUGGCCGCCCUGUACCGCGCCAUGCCGAACGUGGCGCUGUUCCGGGUCGCGGACGCGGAGGAGGCGGCGGGCGCGUGGGCGUGCGCGCUCAGUGACAAGAUGAACGAGACGCCCUCGAUUGUCUCGACCAGCAGGCACGCCGUGCCCCAGCUGGCCGGCACGCGCAGAGACGCCAUCCCCCGCGGCGCGUACGUCGUCAAAGAGGUCGCAGCGGGCGCGCAAGCGGACGUCACGCUCCUCGGCGUCGGCGCUGAGCUGCACAUUGCGCUCGCAGCCGCCGCGGCCCUCGAACAGGACCACGGGCUCCGCGCCCGCGUCGUCAGCUUCCCCUGCGCGCGCCUCUUCGCGCAGCAAGCGCCGCAGUACCGCCGCGCCGUGCUGCAGCGCCAUCAAGGCGUCCCGGCUGUGGCCGUCGAGCCGUACGUCAGCGCGGGGUGGGAGCGCUGGGCCGACGCGGCGGUUUGUAUGAAGGGGUUUGGCAAGAGCUUGCCCGGCCCGGACGCGUAUCGCUGGUUUGGGUUCGAUGUUGGGGCUGUGGUGGAGAGGGUGAGGGGGUUUGUGGGGUUGUGGAGGGGUGAGGGUGGGGAUGGGGGUAGGGGCGCGAGCGAGGGGGUGGAGGAGAGGGAGUGGGUUCGGGGCGAGUUUUUGGAGAUUUAGGCUUUUAGCUGAAGGGGAGAGCGCGGCAGAAUGGAGGCGUGCGGUUUUGUGUACUUUACGUGGUUCAGUGGCUCAUUGCUUCACCGCUUACUACUCAGUGUAGCGUAGCGCACGCGUUCUCACCCGCCCAUGAAUACGCAGCAUAACUACCUAGCUCUCCUCUGC